AUGCAUCUAAAAAUUUCUUCCCAUAGAGAUAGUUCUCAUCAUCUCUUGGUUGGAGGUUAUGAUAAGGGCCUCAAGGACGCAAUCUACUCCAUAAGUUACGAUUUAUCAGAAGCUUCUAUGAGGAAGGGGGGACUCAAUGUAUACUUACAUGAAUCGUUAGGUUAUGAAGUUGAAUUAUCUAGAACGUGCUACCCGUAUAAAUCCUUAGGUUAUGGAGUUGAAUUACUAGAUUCUUGCAAUGGUCUGGUUUUCCUUGUGUAUUUUGACAGUGAUAAUAACCAUGGUGGCAGUGGUUGUCGCGAGGAUUUAUUCUUCUGUCUUUGGAACCCGGCUACUGGAGAAUACAAGAAGAUAGUCAAACCAACAAGUAACUUUGCUUAUGUCAAGUUCUCGAUGUGUGCUUUUGGUUAUGAUCACAAGAGUGAUGAUUACAAAUUGGUAAUUGGUGUGGAUAAUGGACAAGUUUCUUCAUCAGUCCAUAUCUAUACAUUAGGAUCUGAUUCAUGGAAAAGCACCGUAACAGUCAAUUAUUCUUUCGAUUCUGAUCGGAAAUCCGGGUUAUUUGUUAAUGGAGGUUUUCAUUGGUUAGCCGAUGAAGAGCAAGGCAAGCUCAUAGUUUCAUUGGAUAUCAACGAAGAGAGAUUUGGAGAAAUAGAACUGCCAACAGAACUUGAGGCGAAUGAACGCUGUUCGUAUAUUACCGAAGGAUUGUUGGACGGACGUUUAUGUGUACUCGUCGCUGAUGAUGGUUAUUAUAAUCCCCGUGCAGUUGGAGUCUGGGUAAUGCAAGAUUAUGGAGUUCGAGAAACUUGGGAUAAAUGUUAUGACAUUACCCAUGAGAAAUUAACUGACGAACUCUCUGAUCGGUAUAGCCCUUGUUUGAAGUUCAUAUGUUCUUUAAAGGAUGGUGAGAUUCUAUUCAUGACUCUGGAUAAGUUGGUUUUAUAUGACCCGAAAAAUAGAAGUGCUGGUGAACGAUAUACGGGGAGUGUAAAGGGAUUUAGAUCAAAAGUAAAUUAUUUUGAAAGCUUAGUUUCAGUUCACUCUGGUACUUGCAUGAGGAAAAGAAAAAGAGAGGAAUCAAAUGAAACACAAGAAGCCUACGAAGAAAAACAUGAGAAUGUGUUGUUAGAGUGGUUGGCUUUGUAG